UUUCACAAAUUCAAACGACGCUUCUGUUUACCAAUAAAAUCCGGCAAAAGUUAACAAAAAUCCUAUUUUUCACAUGAAAAUGAUUUAUUUCUGAUAUUUGAUUGAUAGCUUGAUAUCGAUUAGUGGUUUAACAAGCAUAGUGUUCUAUUCUAUAACCCAUUUAAAGUUUUAACAGUUCGAUGACGAUGCUGGAUAAUUUUGGUGAACGGAUUGAGGACUACGAGGUAUACGAACUACUGGGUAAAGGUGGUUUUGCUUGUGUAUACCGUGCAAAAUGUCACCGAACGGGAAUUUACGUUGCGAUCAAAAUGAUCAAAAAGAAGUUAAUGCAGUCAGCGGGGAUGGCCAAUCGUGUCCGUCAGGAAGUGAGCAUUCAUUCGCGACUGAAGCAUACUUCCAUAUUAGAGCUGUACACGUUUUUCGAGGAUGCCAAUUAUGUUUAUCUGGUGUUAGAACUAGCUGAGAACGGUGAGCUGCAGAGGUAUUUGAGGGAAACGAAGAAAACUUUCAGCGAGCACGAAGCUGCUACGGUACUCAAGCAGGUCGUUGAUGGGCUUCUGUAUUUACAUUCUAACCACAUACUUCAUCGCGAUAUGUCCCUGGCCAAUCUGCUCUUAACGAAACAAAUGAGUGUCAAAAUAUCUGACUUUGGUUUGGCCACGCAACUGUCGCGACCAGACGAAAAGCACAUGACCCUGUGUGGGACACCUAAUUACAUAUCACCAGAAGUAGCAUCCAGAGCUUCUCAUGGACUACCUGCUGAUGUGUGGGGUCUUGGAUGUAUGCUUUACACUUUUUUAGUUGGAAAACCUCCAUUCGAUACAGAAGGAGUGAAGUCGACCUUGACGAAAGUAGUGAUGUCUAAUUACACUGUUCCGUCAUACGUAUCCCAAGAAGCCAGAGAUUUGAUUGACCAGUUGCUGAAAAAGAACCCCGCAGAAAGAAUGAAGUUAGAGCAAGUUUUCAAACACCCAUUCAUGCGAAAGGCUGUUUCCUAUGACAAAAAUAACUUUGGUGGUACAAUCUCCUCAUCCGAUAGUGGUAUCAUGACCAUUUCAAGUAGUGGGAAUCGAUCAAACAUCCCGUCCAACUACAGUCAGGACCGAUACCAGUUGGGUCAUCAAAUGCCACUUCGCUAUCAACCUAUUGUUGAACAUGAACUAAACUUCCAAGAAAGUAUUUUACCCUCUAGAUCGCAUGCCGCGUCAAACAAACAAACGUCGGACUUUUUCUCCGGUGUCAGUAGCGACCCCCGAGCAGGUCAUGCCCAAACUCAUCAGCAACAUAAUCAAAUAUCGCUUCUGCAGCAGUUCAACAGCCUAGAACUAAUGGAGAAAUACAACAUCAAUAAGGCUGAAAUAGACAAUGUGGGGCGAUCCAAUUCGGCCGAUAGUCUGCACAUGCUGCAAGGCAAGUUCGAAUUCCAACACCAACAGCAGCAGCACCAUGAUAAAAUUUCACUUCUGGAUUCGAGAUCGAAAUCGGCUUCUAUCUCAAUGCUGUAUCAAAUAUCAACAGAAAAUCAACAUCAGCAGCCACCCGGUUGCAGCCCGCUAAAUUAUAAGGAGAACUAUGGCAUACCAAAUGGAGCUCUAAGAAGCUGCCGCAGCUCGUUGGAUCCGGCCAAAUAUGACUUUCUUGAUAAUUUUCAAUCAAGAGACAAUCAUAACGAAUUCCAAGACGCACCGAAGAGACGAAGCCCUGUUAAGCAACCGAAAAAACUAAUUGAUAUUCCGCCACUGAACACUGCGCGGCUUUUACCUAAUAGGCACAAGACAAAAAACGCUGUACUCAGCAUUCAAUCGAACGGCGAGGUGGUGUUAGAAUUCAUCAAAUACAGAGCGCGCUACAAGGAAGAUCGCGUUGUGGACGUGUGUCGCAUAUCUUCUGAUGGGCUCCGAUUUAUUCUGUAUCAUCCGGAGGGUGGUAAAGGUGUAGCGGUUAAAGAUGAACCACCCGAUCUGCCACCUGGUGGAGCUGAUAGUAUUUUCAGCUACGAAAGCUUACCGGAGAAGCACUGGAAGAAGUACAUGUACGCAGCCCGGUUCGUUCAAAUGGUCAAGGCAAAGACACCGAAGAUUACCUACUACAGCGAGAUGGCGAAAUGUCAGCUGAUGGAAACUCUUGAAGAUUACGAAGCCAGUUUCUACAGCGGAACUAAAAUUGUGAAAUCUCUGCAGGAAGGAACUAAAAUUCUAGACGGGAAUGGAAGCACAGUGAAUUUUCCCGAUAAUAUGACUUCAGAAUUGAAUAUGGAAUAUCAGCAUUUUCAACAAACCCUUGAGCACUGUCUCAACAUCGAACAGGCUCUUUCGGCUGUUCAGACGGGAAAUACUUUCCCGCUUAUCAUUGGCCGACGACCGACAUCGUACUCGUCCAAAGAGAGCAAUUUCCUAUCAAAUCCAUCGACCCCAAGGUCGCCUAUGACCCCUCGCCAAAUGUCGUUUGCGUUGUCCGUGAAUUCUCAUGCAUCAACAGCGCCUCACAAUCGGCGGUCGGUUCUGACGGCCAAAGCAGCAGUUGGUAAUUUUUCUAACGUGGCCACGAAAAAGUGUACAGUUCCUGGCGUUGGAACGGCGGUGCAGCUCUCGCAGGGUGUGAUCCAAGUUCAAUUCUUAGACGGAGCGAUGCUUUCGUUGAUACCAAUCGAGCAGGGAGGAGGCAUAACGUUUUCUCCAAGUUCCGGUUGUCCUUUGCAGCAUUACGCUACCGGGGAUGAUGCACUGCUGCCUGCGGCUUUGAGAGAGAAGAUCGAUCGGAUGCCCCAGGUGCUAAGGCAGUUGAACGCGGCGCCGGUUCCGUCAAUCCCGUUCAAUUUUCUGGAUGGAACGCCCCGGACGCCAGUGACGCGAUUUCUGCGAUGAAGUAAGUAAGGUAAGCAGUGCAAAUAUUAGCUCUCUAUUACUUCGUACACAAGCGUUAAGCCAUGUACUAUUGUAUGAAGUACAAAAUUGACCACAUUUCCCAGUUGAACUAAAAUCUUGUAAUUUAUUAUAUAUUUUUAUUAAUAAAAUCCAAGACUUGAAGUUUUUAUCAUAUACGA